CAAAGUUAGAACGGUUUGGGAGAAAGAAGCAAAGAAGAACAAUGGCAACAGCAUUUGCAACCCCUUCGACGGUGAUAGGUCUCGGAGGAUCAUCUGUUUCACGCAUUAACACCAAAGCCUUCUCUUCAUCCUUUCUGAAACCAACACUAAGGGCAAAGAACCCUUUUAGAGUCGCUGGAUCAUCAGGAGGAAGAUUCACUUGCUUUGAGAGGAACUGGUUGAGGAGAGACCUAAACGUGAUAGGGUUUGGGCUGGUCGGAUGGCUAGCACCGUCGAGUAUCCCAGCCAUAAAUGGAAAGAGCCUGACGGGUCUCUUCUUCGAGAGCAUAGGAACUGAGCUCGCUCACUUCCCAACUCCUCCAGCUCUCACUUCACAGUUCUGGUUGUGGUUGGUUACUUGGCACUUGGGCCUCUUCAUCUGUCUCACCUUCGGACAAAUCGGAUUCAAAGGCAGGACCGAAGAUUACUUCGAGAGAUAAAACCAUUUCUCUAGUCUCAUUUGUACUGUAUCUUCUCAUUGUCCCUCUCUUGUGUAAUAAUAUUACUCAAAACAAAGCUUUCUUUCUUUGCUAUGCUUGAUGUUUCAUUCAAUAUCGACAAAAGAGUUAAUGUUGAUUAUAAGAAGGUUCCACCAACAUUUUGUUCAAAAGGUUAUUAAAGAGAACAAAACUAUGUUCUAACUACACAUUCUACAUCAAACCCCACAUGCCUAGACGCCGACCAUGCUCAGCUUCAUGGUUGAUGUGCAUUUUGUAAAGCUCGGGUCACCAUGUCGAUGAAUUCAUUCUCCUGUCAAAAGCAACACGUUAAGGUUUGAGCACAGCAGCUUAAGUUAAAAGUGAAUGUUGAGCGAGUGAUGGUGGGAAAGGCUGGAGCAUCGGAGUACCAUGUGGACCCUGCUGGUAAGUCGGAGGAGGAGCAGAGGGCAUAGAUGAACCAG